ACAUAGUGAGGGAGAUUUCUGUAUCCUGAUCUGCGGCAGAAUAAUCUUGGCCUCGAGAAACUAAGAAAAACAUCACAGAAAGGGACCAUCUCGAAAUGUAUAGCCACCCCCGGUCAAACAUUUACAUAUUUUUUUUAAAAAAUUUGCAAGUUUAAAAUCUAUUUGGCACCUUGCCGAUUGUAGUUGGCGCAAACGAUCACGAUACGGAAAUAUUCCCGUUCGAGGGAGGUUAUCGCCUAUUAAUAUGUAUAUUCUGAUGUAUAUUUCAAACGUUUAAGUUACAAAAAAAUGAAUAAUGAAAACGUUUCUACAUCCUAUUUACCGUACAAGGGUUCAUUAAUCAAGUAAUGUUUAAUUUCGGAGGGGGGUUUGUCCCCCAAACCCUCCUCUAAACUAUGCCUCUGUAUAAUAGGCUUUAAAAUAUAUAAAUACAUGUAAUACUCAGAUACAUGACUAGAGAUAAUCGGUCUAAGAAUACUAAAAUCUCUCUCAGAUUACCGAAAAACAUUAAUAGUCUCCUAUACAGAUCCACAAUUGAUCAAUGGCUUGAAACAUGUGGCUGUAUUACUGGAUUUGUUGAUGGAAAAUGGAUGCCCCUUGCAAGUUCUGAAGAAGAAACUGUUGACAUAGAAAUCACAAAAGGACUUUCAGCUACGGUAAAAUGGGCUUCAUCUGAUGAAUUAGAAGCAGUUGUUGAAAAUUCCCAGGAAGGAUUCAAGAGAUGGAGACAAUAUGAGGCAGGAACCAAGUCUAAAGUACUUUAUAGAGUAUCUGAAUACAUUGAACAGCAAAGUAAACUGCUAAAUGCCAUUGACAGUUUGACUAAAUAUGGACGUUUAAGAGAAAAAUAUAAUGUGCCAUAUCUCAUUGACUCUUUUAAUUAUUAUGCUGCAUUAGUUGGUGAUAAAGAUCUUUCUGAAGAAUGGAAACCAACUGGUGUUGUUUGUAUUAUAUGCGAUAAUGAUACUUUGGUGUCAAGUCUUUGGGUAUUAAGUGCUGUCCUUGCUUCGGGGAAUGCAGCGAUAUGUUUAGUGGACUGCAAAGAAAAUUUAAGUGCUUUUUUAUUAGCUCAACUAUGUGAUUCUGCAGGAUUGCCUGCAGGAGCUUUUAAUGUGAUUUCUUGCAAAGUUUCAUCAUUGUCAAGUUUUCCCAAUGUAGAUAAAAUUAUUUUAAAACACAAAACGUUUCUCUCUGGAUCCAUAAGUAAAAAUAUUCCUUGUGAAAUCAUUCCCAACCAAUGGCCAUCUGUAAUUAUAUACGAAAGUGCCGAUCUUGAUGCAGCCAUAUCAAAUAUACUAGAAAUUAUACAAAUUUUCGAUGUGAAGGAACCAUGGCCCAUUUGUAAAAUCUAUCUUCAAGAAUCAAUUCAGAAAAAAUUUGUUAAACUAUUAACACUGAAAGUAUGUGGCUCAUUUGGUGACCAUAUAGACUGUAGACCACCAUUUUACAUUAUGAGCAGUGAAGCAACGGUUGCACAGGUGCAAAAUUUACUGUUGGGGUAUACUGCAGAUGAAUUAUUUAGUGUUAGUAAAUGUAAUAUAACUGAAGAAGGAGACCAAUAUGUCCCAGCUGCCAUAAUGAAUUUCAAUUCUGGUCUUAAGGACCAAAAUGUACGAUGUGGCCCAGGAGUGUAUAUUGAACAGUUUCGCACUGUUAAAGAAUCCAUUGCUAUGUUCAAUCAAAAUAAGAAACAUUCAAAUGUUAGCAUCUGGUGUGAGGAAAUGUUCCUAUCCCUAGAAGCAGCUAGUAAAUUGAAAUCGAGGACUGUUUGGGUUAAUUGUCAAAAUAUAUAUUCACCCUCCAUUUCAAAUGGUUCUCUUUAUUUAAGCGGAAAUUCAAAUAUUGGAGGCAAAGAAGGAGUUUUCAGUCAUCUCUUGUGUUUAGAGAAAGAUGAAAAUGGCUCCAAAAAUAUUGAUUCUAAUAAAAUUCAAUCUUAUGGCUCUGAAGCUCCAAGUUCAAGUAUUAUUCCAUUAAAAAAUAAUGACGGGAAAAAAACUCAAAAGUAUUGCAAGCUUUUCAUUGGAGGAUCAUUUGUGAAUUCUAAUGACGAAACAUUUCUACAGGCUUUUGAUGUGAAUAAUGAACCAUAUGCUUAUGUUGCUUCUGCAAAUAAAUCUGACAUUGAUAAGGCAGUUUCCAGUGCAAUUUCUUCUCAACCAAAGUGGGAGUGUACAUAUAAAAUGAAGCGUGCUGCUGUUCUUCGUAAAGCUUCAGAAAUUCUAAAUAAAAAGAAAGAAGAGUUUAUAUCAGAAUUGUGUACAAUUACUGGCAAAACCAAAGAAUUUUGUUUCUUAGAAGUUGAGCAAGCUGUUACUGUAUUACUUUAUUGGGCAAAUCACAUUGCUCAAUUUGAAGGUCGAAUUGUGGAAACAAAAUUAUAUGGUAAAGUGUUUCAAGAGAAUCAUCCUUUGGGCAUUAUUGGAAUUCAGUGUCCAGACAAAGAGCCAUUACUUUCUUUUUUAUUUUUGAUCACCCCAGCCAUUAUCUUUGGAAAUUCUGUUGUUGCCAUAUCAAGUGAAAGAUAUCCUACUUGUGCCUUCAAGAUGUGUGAAGUAAGAGCACUUAAAUGUCUUUUUUUUAAAUUUUUUAUCUAGUAGCUAGAAAUCAAU